AUGUCCAGAAUACCGACAACCAUCCUCGGCAAGCGCACUCGAAGUGCUGCUGCUGCUGCUGACACGACCACCACCACCACCACCACUCGCGCAAAGCGAAGACUAGCAGUCAACGCCCCUAGUGACGAGAACGAGAACCCAUUCACGAACAAACGCCAGCAUGUCGAUGCUAGCGAAAAUGAGGAGGAUCUUGACGCGCGGGAGCCGCCCACGAAAAAGACGCGUUCGUCAGCGCGGAGGGCGACUCCCAAACACACCAGUGUACAGUCUCCCAUCGAUCUGUCUCCUGCUCUUGUCAAAUCGCACUUCCGAGUGGGAAAGAGCGGCGUGCACCAAGAGAGCAAGCUUGACCAGGACAAGGAAAACGCGCCCCAAACACCAAGACACCGCGACGCGCUUUCCAAGAAAGUGCCCAUCACUCCGAGACACCGAGUGCUUGCCAGUCAGGCGACUCCCCGAUCAGGCCGGACGCCAUCGACACCUUCUCAAGCCUCUGUCUACAACCAGGCGCGACAAUUGUUUGCGCGAUGCUCAAAUCCUGGGAAACUGGUGGGACGCGAUAGCGAGCGCGAUGAGCUUUCGGCUUUUGUCUCGACUGCGAUUGGGUCAAAAUCUUCAGGAUGUCUGUAUGUUUCUGGACCUCCGGGGACGGGCAAGAGUGCGCUGUUGAAUGAGAUCAUCGAGGAGCAGACGAAGGACAGGAAUGUCCCAGUAUCGGUCGUCAAUUGCAUGAGUGUGCGGAGUACGAAAGACUUGAGCCAGAAGCUGUCAAAUGAUCUGGAUCUGCGAGAAGAUGCGGGUUUCGAUUAUCUCAAGUCAGUGUUUGUGCGUGAGAAGGCGAAGGACAAGAAGAAAUAUCUGGUUGUGCUGGAUGAAGUGGAUAUUCUGGUCGAUCUGGAUCUUGAGCUGCUCUACAGCCUCUUCGAAUGGUCCAUGCAGCCGACUUCUCGACUCAUUCUGAUUGGAAUCGCCAACGCGCUGGAUCUCACAGAUCGACUCCUUCCUCGACUAAAGGCUCGAAACCUCAAACCGGACCUCUUGCCAUUUAUGCCAUAUACUGCAGCCCAGAUUGUCGAAGUCAUCACCUCAAAACUCAGAAGUCUGGCACCUGCAGACUCUACAGCCCUUCCAUUUUUCCACCCAGCUGCCAUCCAAUUCUGCGCGAAAAAGGUUGCAGCACAGACUGGUGACUUGCGAAAGGCAUUCGAUAUUUGCAAGCGUGCAAUCGACUUGAUCGACAUAGAAACGCGCGACAAAGCUUCGGCGUUGGAACUGAGCCCGUCGAAAACACCCCUGAUGGAGAAUGUCAAUCUCUCGUCACCCGCAGGCUCACCUCAGAAGAUCACGACAGUCUACACCAUCGACACUGCCCCUAAAGCUACCAUAGCACAUAUGGCCAAAGUUACGGCACAGGCGUUCUCACAUGGUACAACACAGCGUCUCGGCACACUGAACUUGCAACAGAAGGCCGUACUCUGCGCUCUUGCAGCUCUCGAAAGAAAGAAACGGGAAACCCAGGUCGAUCGGACGAUGUUUGCCACUCCCUCGAAGUCGAACAGCUCUGCGCCCAGCAUCAAGCAACUAUAUGAUGCAUACUCGACUCUCUGCAAGCGUGAGAACCUUUUUCACGCUUUAUCUUCUGUAGAAUUUCGAGAUGUGGUUUCGGGGCUGGAGACGUUAUCUUUGGUGAGCGCCGUCGAUGGAGGAAAGAAUGGCAGCUUUGCCAUACCGAUGACUCCCAGCAGGACACCUGGAAGACCGAAGAAGAAUGGAUUCGCAGGUCCUGCUUUAACAGAGGAGAGAAGGAUUGCGAGUAGCGUUGGUCUGAAAGAGCUCAAUGAUGCACUCGAUGGGCCUGCGGGAGAGCUGUUGAAGGAGAUGCUUGUUGGCGGGGCGCUUGCAUGAAGCGAAUGGUAUGGGAUGUACUUGUGUUUGGAUUCUGAGCAGACGGCAUGGCAUUGCGGUUGAGGGAAGUUUUGGACUACGGACUUGUGUUUUAGCAGGGUGUUCAGGGGCUGCAUGUUUUGCAUAGCGUUGCGCUUGAGUCUAGUUGCAUUGUGGUUGGAUAUGACAUGAACGGUAGAAGAGCAGGCAUAGAUUAGCG